UCAUUAGUCCUCUCAGGAUGUACAUUGUCUUCUCCAAAUGCUUUCCUUCUUACUGGGCAGAAGCUUUGUCUUUGCUGGCAAGAAGUCAAUCUGAGGUGAAGAAUUCAGUGAGGGUGGCGUGCUCCUGGAAGAGACAAUAAAAGAGAGCUUGGGGGAGAAGAGCAACAUUAUACCUCGGAGUCAGGAGAGCAACUAAGAAGCCAUUCCAGAGCUCUAGGGAUCAAUCCCUGAUAGACACCUUACCACCCCACUGAAGCUAAAUCCAGAAUUAACAAAGAAAUGCAACUCACCUUCCCUGCCUUGUUAUCCUUUGGGAUACUAGGGUUGUGUCUAGCUACUGCAGAGCAACAAGUAAGAUGGUGUGUCCAAUCAGAAAAUGAGCAGAAGAAAUGUAAUGAGCUUAAAGAGGCCCUGACAGGUACCACAAGCCCAAGUUUGACGUGUGUAAAGAAAAUUUCCUACAAGGACUGUUUCAGGGCCAUCUGGAAAAAUGAAGCUGAUGCCAUUUGUGUCGAUGGUGGCUUAGUCUAUGAAGCAGUUGCAGCCCCGUUUGGUCUGAAACCUAUCAUAGCUGAAGACUAUGGCUCUGAAAAAGAACGGCAAAUUUACUCCUUUGCUGUGGCUGUUGUGAAGAAAGGAACUGAUUUCCAACUCAGAGAUCUCAAAGGCAAGAAGUCCUGCCACACUGGCCUGGGCUUGUCAGCUGGGUGGAUCAUCCCCAUUGGUAAACUUGUGGAACUUGGCGUGUUGAACUGGAACAAUACUAAUAAUCCUAUUGAGAAAGCGGUAGCCACAUUCUUCUCUGACAGCUGCGUGCCUUGUGCUUUUUGGACGGACUCUCGUUUGUGCCAUCUCUGCGCUGGAGCAGGACCUGACCGGUGUGCCUGCUCAGACAGAGAACCUUACUUUGGCAGCUCAGGAGCUCUCAAGUGCCUGAAGGAUGGUGUUGGGGAUGUGAGCUUUAUGGAGCAUACAACCCUUUUAGAGACACUCCCAACUGCGGCUGACAGGGACAAAUUUGAGCUGCUCUGUGAGGAUGGUACCAGGCUGCCCAUUGAUGAAUACAGGAAAUGUCACCUAGGCAAGGUACCUGCUAAUGCUGUUGUGUCCCGGAGAGUGAACAGCAAGGAGGAUCUGAUCUGGAAUCUUCUUUCCGAGGCACAGAAAAGGUUUGGCAAGGGCAAAUCAGAGAUUUUCCAACUCUUUGGUUCCCAUCAUGGAAAGGACCUGCUGUUUAAAGACUCAACUAACAGAUUUCUGAGGCUCCCUGCUAAGAUGGAUCACGAGCAGUACUUGGGCUACAAGCAUAUGAAGGCUGUGAAGACUUUGACAAUAUCUAAGACUUCUCCCUUGAUGCCCCAAAAAAUGAUCUGGUGUGCAGUGAGCAAAGAUGAAGAGGUGAAGUGCCAUGAGUGGAGUAUGGUCAGUGGUUUAGCCAUUGAAUGUGUUGUGGCAGAAACCUCAGAAGAAUGCAUUGACAAGAUUAUGAAAGGGGAAGCUGAUGCUAUGAGCUUGGAUGCAGGAUUUAUCUAUAUUGCUGGCAAAUGUGGUCUGGAGAUUGUCCUGGCAGAGAAUUACAAGACUAAGGAUUCCAAUCAUGGGCAAGGGCCUCUUUGUCCCAUUAAACCUAUUGAAGGCUAUUAUGCUGUGGCAGUUGUUAAGAAAUCAGAUGCUGAUCUCAAGUGGGGCUCUCUGCAAGGCAAAAAGUCCUGCCAUUCAGGGAUUAACAGAGCUGCUGGUUGGGACAUUCCUAUGAGCCUGAUACACGAUCAAACCAACUCCUGUGAAUUUGAUAAAUACUUCAGUGAAUCCUGUGCUCCUGGUGCUGAUGUUAAUUCUAGCCUCUGUGCCUUAUGUGUUGGGAGUCCAGGGAGAGGGGAUUUGAACAAAUGUGCUGCUAAUAGCAAAGAAAAAUAUUAUGGCUACACAGGGGCUUUCAGGUGUCUGGCUGAGAAUAAAGGAGAUGUUGCCUUUGUGAAACACAGCACUGUCCUGGAAAAUACAGAUGGCCAGAACAAAGAAAGCUGGGCCCAAAACUUAAAGAGUGGGGACUUUGAGCUAUUAUGCCUAGACGGGAAACGGAAGCCUGUGAGAGAAGCUAAAGACUGCCACCUGGCUCAGGUCCCAAAUCACGCUGUGGUCUCACGGCCAGACAAGGCAGCCUUUGUUCGCCAUAUACUGUUGAACCAACAGGACCUCUUUGGAACCAAUGGAACAGAAUGGCAGAUGUUCCAGAUGUUCCAAUCCAAAAUCAAAGAUGUCCUGUUUACAGACAACACUGAAUGCUUGUCAAAUGUUCCAGACAAAAGAACCUAUGAAAAAUAUUUGGGACCAGAGUAUAUCAAGGUCAUUGAGUCUCUGAGAAAAUGCUCAUAUACUUCAGACCUCCUGCCUAUCUGCGAGUUCAUUAAUCCUUAGAAACCAGAAAAGUGGGACAAUCUUCCAAAUGGGCUUACAAUCCAGAAUGCCUCAUUACAAAUAUGAUGGAGGCCUCUCUCUUACGCCUUGUUAAAAGAUGAUUUCAGAUUGGCAUCUGGGUUAACUUCAUGAAUCUUCAUGCUUAUCUGCUGUCAUUUAAGCAAGAAAUAAAAGUAAAUGAAUAUCA